AUGAACACUCUCAAUUCAUCGACCGCGCCUGCGGCAGGCGAAUACGCCGGAGACGAGGUCUCCGCGAUCGUGCUUGACCCGGGUUACUCAACCAUUCGCGCCGGUUUUGCCGGCGAAGACGUCCCCAAAUCCGUGUGCCCCAGCUUCUAUGGCCAAAUCGAGGACAGCUCACAAUACCUCUUCGGCGAGAACGCGAUACACACACCAGCAUCCAACUUGCAAAUAAAGAACUACUGGGGGUCGGACGGCAUCGUAGAGGACUGGGACACGGCAGCCAAGGUCUGGGAAUAUGCGAUAACUUCUCGGCUGACGGGCGCAAGGGCUGGGGAUCCUGCGAGGAACGGACUGAAUGACGAUCCGAAACAAGAGAACGGAGAAGCUACGGACGUGGACAUGGAGACGAUUGAGAACCAGGAGAAGCCGCUUGAAGAGAGCCCGCUGCUGAUGACGGAGCCGGGCUGGAACCCUACAAAGGCGCGCGAGAAGGCAAUUGAGAUUGCAAUGGAGGAAUGGGGUACACCCGCCUUCUACCUCCAAAAGACAGGCGUGCUUGCGGCCUUCGCAUCAGGCAAAGCCUCUGGCAUAAUCAUCGACGUCGGUGCAUCACAUACCUCCGUUACCCCCGUCCUGGACGGCAUGGUCUUGAAAAAGGGCGUGCAAAAGUCGCCUCUAGCAGGAAACUUCGUCUCCAACCAGAUCCGCCUCGGUUUCAAGCAGUCGCAGCCCGAGAUCCCACUCACACCCCACUAUCUCGUCAAGUCCAAGACGCCCGUCGAUGCGGGCUCCCCCGCCCAAGCCAUCUACAAGACCUUCAGUGUCCCCCCAACUGACUCCUUCCGCCAUUACCAAGAAGAGCGCGUGCUCACCGAGUACAAAGAGUCUGUCGUGGAGAUCUGGCCAGGUCCCGGUCGCCUCUCCAACGGCACGAACGAGGAAAUCGCAAAGAGCAUGCCGGGUCGGCCCUUCGAGAUGCCCGAUGGCUGGAAUCAAGUCUUCGGGGUGGAUCGUUUCAGAGCUGCAGAGGGCCUUUUUGACGCCAGUGCAGCCCUCACAGACGACGCGAAUCCCCGGCCGAAGGACGAGCACACGCUCCCGCGCCUCGUGCAGGCCGCUGUGCAGCACGUCGAUGCGGACCAGCGUCCGCUACUCCUGCAGAACAUUGUCGUCACAGGUGGCUCCACGCUGCUGUACAAGUUUGGUGACCGUCUGAACUACGAGAUCAACGCUAUCUACCCGAGCACAAGAAACAAGUUGAUUGCGCCCGGGCCGGUUGUGGAGAGGAAAUAUGCGGCAUGGAUUGGAGGCAGUAUUCUGGCGAGCUUGGGAAGCUUCCACCAGCUAUGGAUAAGCAGGAAGGAGUACGAGGAGCAUGGCGCGAACAUCGUGGAGAAGAGAUGCAGGUAG